AUGAAAUUGUGUCCUUCCGGGAGGCUCUCAUCAACAUUGAAAACGAUGAAGAACCAAGGUAAUUGCUCUUAUCACUUCACAGAGGAAGAGUUAAAGAGUCAUGCUGUAGAUGCAGAAGGUUGGAAUGAAGUUCGAGACUUUUUUGAUCGCAUCGAGGACCUUGUGAAGAGAGAUGGCUGGACCCACCCGGAAACGUUCGAUGUUGCCUUUGAUUUCUUCUGCGACCUCCCGAAAUUAGGUCUCAGGCGCAUGAAAGGCCGAGAAAGAGAGAUUUUCGACAAACACACCAGCUAG